AUGAGGAUUACCCGUGGACACUGGUUGAAGGGAAUGAUGCUGUCCCUCGUCGACGAGGACUGUAGCUUCCUGCCCGAGUACCCCUCCCCCACCACCUGGCAUGCUGCCACCGGGGCUUACAGCAAAUCGAUAUACGUCCUGUGCAAGAGGGGCCGGGGUUUCGCCAUCCACCUCCUUCGCCCAUAUCCCUCAGGGCCUGCCAUUCGAUACAGCAUUAAGGUAGACGGUCGUCUGAUCGGCUACUACAUCCUCGAGGAGUCCUAUGACGAGGGUUUGGUGACCUCAUUCAACCUCCCAGGACCGCGCGGUGCCAUCCACCAACGCUUCAAAUUUGGCGAUCUUUUACCCUCACCUGACCAGGCCUUGGACCCGGCGAUCCUCGACGACCUGGGCCGCAUCACCAUCACGCUGGAGGCGGGUUUGUCGUUGCGCUUAGGGGGUUCUGGGACCUGGAUUACGCCCAACUUGACCCUUGGUUCUAAGGCAGGGAAGCUCCUCACCACCUACGUGACGUUAUAUCGAGAGUAUGCGGCCCUCGAACUUAUUGGUGUGAUUCCGCUAGCGUCACUGAGCGGUACUUGGCCCCUCGUGGACGUGCCCCAUGGCGAGAGUGACGUCAGGCUCAAGAUUAAGCCUGAUCACGUUGUCAAGCCCAAGAUCGAGCCCGGAUGUGACUCUAAGCCGAAGGUUGAACCAGACUGCAAGUUCGAUGUGAAGUCCAAGAGUAGCUUGACCCGCACCUGCCCCUAUGCCUGGCCCUCCGAGUACCCUCCGGAAGACCCAUCUCCCGAGGACAAUUGCGUCUCCAAGUACAUCGAGUGCCAGAACGGCGUGCGGUUCAAGCUCGAGUUUACUCGACUCGACAAAUUCGACCAUGCAAUCAAGAUCCUCAUCUUAGUUGACGGCCGAAAGGUUUACGGGUCUAUCAUAGAAACCCAUACCCCACGCAAGUCGAUCAGUGACUUCACGGAGAGAGACGCUGGCGGCACAGCGCGGCGAAAGGCGUUUGCUUUCGGCACCGACCCUUCAGAGGAUGGCCCUCGGCUGGGCCCAACCCAGGUCGACCUUGAGCAGCUGGGUACGAUCAACGUCACUUUCGAGGCGGGAGUGUCGUGCAACGUGCGUACUUUCUCUGUCGACAACGGGUUGGAGCCGCUGGCUGUUGGCGGGCAGGAAGCAAAGAAGCUACUGAGUUCUUUCAUUAUCGGAGAAGAGAUCGGGGGUCCGCAGCUUCGGCCUGACUGCUACUUCGUACCAUAUCUUGACGGCCCCAAACUCAUGACGUCCUUCAUGUAUCGUACCGAGGAAGUCCUCCGCAUGAUUGGCGUUAAGCCUCCCAUUCUCGAGCCUCCCAUUCUCGAGCCUCCCAUUCUCGAGCCUCCCCCUUUCUCCAUUGAGGACGUCAAGCCCAAGUUGGAGAGUCGCAAGCGCAAGAUGGUUGAGGCGGACGGCGCGAAGAAGAAGUCUACGAGGGUGGCUAUCGACCUUACGCGUGAAGAUGGCGGAAGUUGA